AUGGACGGGGACGACCUCAUCGCCUCAGUCUACCGCAAGAUCGAGCGGGAAAAGGCUCUUAUCACUGCUGCAUCAAAUAUGCGCCAGUCCACCGAUAACCCCUUGGUACAACAGAGGGUCGAUGCGAACAUUCGCGAUGGUCGGAAGAACAUUGCGUAUUUGGAGGAGAAGAUGAGAGAGCUGCAGUUACGCCGCAUGGGGCAGGAAGGUGGCUCCCCCACAGAGAAGCGUCUCCCGCCUGCUCCUGGUGCAGGCCCGGUCCCUCCUCCCAAGGACUACGCGCCGGGCUACGAGGGUAAUGAACAAGCAGACUAUGAGGAGUCCUCAACCCCGUAUCCGCACGGGGGAGCCGGCUCCAUGCCAUCAGGCGCUCCUUACAAUGACCCUCGACCAUUUGCUUCAGUGCCCAAGGCCCGACCAAAUUAUACGAAGCUUGACCUGAUCAAAUAUGAUACUCCUUAUCUUGGUCCAAAGAUCCAACUUAUGCUGUCCCAGCUUGAAUUCAAGCUGAGCGUUGAGAAGCAAUAUAAAGCUGGAAUCGAAAAGAUGGUCCGCCUUUAUCAGGAUGAGGGUGACCGGAAGAGUCGCGCGGAUGCCGAAGGUCGGCGGAUUGAGAGUAAUCAGAAGAUCCAGCUGUUGAAGCAGGCGCUCAAGCGAUAUGAAGAUCUUCAUGUCGACAUCGAAUCAACAGACACUCCGGAUGAUGAAAGUUUAAGCACACCAAACCUGCGAAAGCCCCUCACCGGUUCCUUAAUGUUGCGGAUUCUUGCCGUCAAGGAUGUCGAUCACGCUGCCGGCUCAAGAUUCUCCAGAGGCCCCGAGACGUUUGUGGUUCUCAAGGUUGAAGAUGCUAUCAAGGCGAGGACCAAAGCAACUCGGACCGACAGAUGGCAGGACGAGUCGUUCAAUAUCGAUAUCGACAAGGCGAACGAAAUUGAGCUUACCGUAUACGACAAAUCAGGAGACAGGCCCACGCCGAUUGGUAUGCUGUGGGUGCGCAUUUCUGAUAUCGCGGAAGAGAUGCGCCGCAAAAAGAUCGAGUCGGAGUUUAAUGCGUCUGGUUGGGUUUCCGCAGAUAAGAUGGAGGAUGGAAGCACGCCUGGACGGCCUGACACCGCCGGGCCCGCGGGAUCGCCCCGUGCUGCUGUCUUUCCUGGACAGCCUGGUGCUUCAGCUCCAGGAGGUGCGCCAGGCCCGGCUGGGGGUGCAGGCCCUGUGAUGAUCGAUUCUUGGUUUGCGUUGGAGCCCGUUGGUCGGAUUCAGUUAUCACUGGGUUUCGCCAAGCAGCUGAAGGAUCGUCGGCCAUUCGACAUUGGUCUCAACCGUCAAGGUGCCGUCCGCCAGAAGAAGGAGGAAGUUCAUGAGAAACAGGGUCACAAGUUCGUCACGCAGCAGUUCUACAAUAUUAUGCGCUGUGCGCUCUGUGGCGACUUCUUGAAGUAUGCGGCUGGUAUGCAGUGCGCCGACUGCAAGUACACCUGCCAUCGUAAAUGCUAUCCAAAGGUUGUCACCAAGUGUAUCAGCAAAGCCAACUAUGAGACGGAUCCCGACGAGGAGAAGAUCAACCACCGUAUCCCACAUCGCUUCGAGGGCUUUUCCAACCUCUCCGCCAAUUGGUGCUGCCACUGCGGGUACUUACUGCCCUUCGGGCGCAAAAGUGCCAAACGAUGCUCAGAAUGUGGCCUUACAUGUCAUGCCCACUGUACUCACCUUGUACCUGAUUUCUGUGGAAUGUCCAUGGAGGCAGCCAACCAGAUCUUGGAGACCUUGAUUCGGGCCAAGAACCACAACAAAUCCGCCUCUGUUAGUUCAGGUCUUAGUGGCCGGACCCUUCGGACAGGAGGGCCAACACAAGCCCCGACGGAUAACGCCGCUCUUGCCUACCCACAGAAGCCUACCGAGAGCCCAUACGGGGCUCCUCAGAGACAACCUUCCGCUGAAGCUGUGAGCGCCGCAACCAACUCUUAUAUACCCCCGCAGUCACCCGCUGCUGCACAGCGACAACACAUGCCCCCAAGAACUUCGUCCUCAUCCAGCCCCGCUGCCGCCGCUGCCGCUGUGGCAACGGGCCUGCGCUCUCCCCAGCUUCAGCAGCCACAGCAGCCACAAGUGGAUACGGGCCGUCCUGUGCAACCCCAGCCGCCUACGCAUGCUCAUUAUGAUCCAGCGGUGUACGCAUCUUACCAGCAGGGCAUCCCACCACCCCAAGCAAUGCAACCGGUGGCCUCACCCUACGGCAUGCCGCAACAACAGCCUAUGCAAGUAGUGCCGCAGCAAAUGGCCGUGAAAGAAGAGAUCCCUCCCCAGCAACCAACGAUUAGGAUUGGGCUGGACCACUUCAAUUUCCUGGCGGUCCUUGGUAAAGGUAAUUUCGGAAAGGUCAUGCUGGCGGAAACCAAGAGCACCAAAAAGCUUUAUGCAAUUAAGGUGUUGAAAAAGGAGUUCAUCAUCGAGAACGACGAAGUGGAAAGCACAAAGUCGGAAAAGCGCGUCUUCUUGAUUGCGAACAAGGAGCGUCACCCUUUCCUUCUUAACCUCCAUGCUUGCUUCCAGACCGAGACCCGGGUGUACUUUGUCAUGGAGUACAUUAGUGGUGGUGAUCUGAUGCUACAUAUCCAACGCGGCCAGUUCGGUCUGAAGAGAGCACAGUUCUAUGCUUCAGAAGUUUUAUUGGCGCUCAAGUACUUCCACGAGAACGGUGUCAUUUACCGUGAUCUGAAGCUUGACAACAUCCUCCUGACCCUGGAUGGUCAUAUUAAGAUUGCCGAUUACGGUCUCUGCAAAGAGAACAUGUGGUAUGGUGCCACUACGAGCACAUUCUGUGGUACACCAGAAUUCAUGGCGCCCGAGAUUCUCUUGGAUAAGAAAUACGGCCGAGCAGUUGACUGGUGGGCUUUUGGUGUGCUUAUCUACCAGAUGCUUCUGCAACAAUCUCCCUUCCGUGGUGAAGACGAAGAUGAAAUCUACGAUGCUAUCCUUGCGGAUGAACCGCUAUAUCCGAUCCACAUGCCUCGCGAUUCUGUGUCUAUCCUCCAGAAGUUGCUCACUCGUGAGCCGGAACUGAGACUUGGUUCGGGACCAACGGAUGCCCAGGAGGUCAUGUCCCACGCCUUUUUCCGGAAUGUCAACUGGGACGAUAUCUAUCACAAGCGCGUUCCUCCGCCAUUUAUGCCUACGAUCACGAGUCCCACUGAUACGAGCAACUUCGACCAGGAAUUCACCAGCGUUACGCCGGUCCUCACGCCCGUACAGUCAGUUCUUUCCCAGGCCAUGCAGGAGGAGUUCCGCGGCUUCUCUUACACUGCGGACUUUGCUUGA